AUGGUACCAGAAAACGACUUCAACCUUACCGACGACCCAUCUAAGCUUGGUCACAAUGUCGUUUCCCUCUUUAAUCAGAUUCAGACACGAUACUCCCCAAAGCCCGCAAUAGUCUGCGGGGACCAUACCAUCACAUACGGUGCUCUUGCAUCUGAGUCGGAUCGCCUGGCCUGCCUCCUUCUAUCGCGAGGCAUCAGCCGUGGCCAUGUGGUGGCUCUUGCACUAGACCGCACACCGGACCUGAUCAUGUUCAUUCUCGGUGUCUUGAAAGCCGGUGCGAUAUAUGUACCCGUUGAUCCUGCUCUACCCCCCGAACGUGUCAAUCAGAUGCUGGAUGAUGAGGCGCUACGCCUGGUGAUAGUUAGUCCUGCUAGUACCGAAGGGGGGACGGGCACCAGUCGAUAUGACUAUGGUCAUAAGGCGGCCUGCUGCACGACAAGCGAACUGCGAGACCAGAUGAGAUAUCAAGCGGACAAGAAGCCAGCUGUGGAUAUCCAAGCAGACGACAUUGCCUAUAUCCUUUACACAUCCGGCUCCACGGGCAAGCCCAAGGGCGUGGAAAUUCAUCACGCCGCUAUAUGCAACUAUGCGUUGUCGGUACACCAAAGACCUGGCUGUACUGACCAGGACCGAGUGCUGUUCAAGAGCACAAUAUCCUUUGACAUGGCCGCGUUUGAGAUUUACGUGCCAUUGCUGUGCGGCGCCACGGUCGUGCAGGCACAGGCUCACGAGAUCGGCGAUCCCCGCGCGCUGAUACAUCUCCUUGAUCGCCACAGCGUCACCUUCUCCGUCGCGACGCCGACCAUCUUACAGAUGCUGCUGGACAGCGGUUGGUCUGGCACGCCAGGCUUCUCGAGGCUGGUUACCGGCGGCGAGGCACUGUCACCUCGCCUGGCAGAGCGUCUAACCGCGUGUGUUGACGAAGUAUGGAACCUAUACGGCCCGACUGAGACAACAGCCAGCGUGGCUGCUUGGAAAGUCCAAGUCCGCGAGGACAUCUUAAUUGGAACGCCUAACCCAAACACACGGCUCUAUGUCCUCGACACCGACAUGCAACCUGUGCCGGUUGGAAGCACUGGCGAACUUUAUAUUAGCGGAGCAGGCGUUGCUCGUGGAUAUCGAAACAAUCCAGAACGCACCAAGGCUGCCUUUCUUCCGGACCCUUUCUGGCAAGGCCAUACCAUGUACAAGUCUGGAGAUUUGGCAUGCUUCUUGGACCCCAAGAGACUGGCCGUCAUCGGUCGGGUAGACACGCAAAUCAAGAUUCGCGGGCAAAGAAUUGACCCUGGUGAUGUUGAGGCGUCCAUCACAGCUCACGGAGCUAUUGCCAAUGCCGUUGUGGUCAAUCGAGACGAGCGGCUCGUCGCUUACUGUAUACGAAAGCCGGGUGUUGGCAGCGUAGAUGUUCCUCUAGCCAAGUUGCUACGCCCCUGGCUAGAAAGCCGCCUCCCCGGCUACAUGGUCCCCUCAUUCUUCGUCGAAGUCGACCGAUUUCCUUCUACUCUCAACGGCAAAGUGGAUCUCAGAGCACUACCCGAUCCCAUCUCGACUAUCACACCGGCGCAAAAGCCCGCUUCCACACUGACACAACAGCUGCUGGCUAUCUGGACCAAUGUACUGGGCCACAGUCAGAUUGGCAUGCAGGACAACUUCUUCCACAUUGGCGGCAACUCUGCUAGCAUCAUCCAGGUCCAGACCAAGUUGGAGAAGUUUCUGUGUCGGCCAGUGCCGGUGCCAAAACUGUAUGAGCAUUUCACCAUUGCCAGCCUUGCUGCAUAUCUUUCUGAAGAACCCCAGACCAAUGGAGUCACCGAAGAGACGAAGAGCUCCGUUGGGAACGAUGCCACUGGUGAAGAUAUUGCUGUCAUUUCCAUGGCAUGCAGGCUGCCCGGCGAUAUUCACACGCCAGAAGAGUUUUGGAAUGUUCUCAUUAGCGGCACCGACGCCGUCACCAAGGUUCCUGAGGAGCGCUGGGAUGCCGAUGCCAUCUACGACCCCGAUCCGGAGGCCCCCGGCAAGUCCUACAGCACGGGUGGUGGCUUCGUCAGGGAUGCCAUGGAGUUCGAUGCGCAAUUUUUUGGGAUCUCCCCUCGCGAGGCCCGGGCUAUCGACCCUGCGCAGACCAUGAUCCUGGAGACAUGCUGGGAGGGCUUCGAACGGGCAGGCUAUGGCACUAAGUCCCUGCGCGGCAGCCAGACUGGUGUCUUCAUCGGGACCGGUAACAGUUCUGUGGAUGACGGUCAGCUAAGCGCCGCCGGCACAGAAAAGCUUGAAGGACAUCUAGGUCUCGGCACGGCGCCGAGCUCGCUCUCUGGUCGCGUAGCAUAUGCUCUGGGGCUCGAGGGUCCUACGAUGACCUUGGAUGCUGGGUGCGCUGCCUCACUGGUCGCCACGCAUGUGGCAUGCUCCGCACUUCGUCAGGGCGAGUGUAACAUGGCUGUGGCCGGUGGUGUCACAUUCUUGCCCUCACCGGGUUUGCAUGUAGAGUUUAGUCGGCUUCGCGUCACAUCACCAGAUGGUCGCUCGCGACCAUUCUCAGCGAACGCGGCUGGGAUGGGACUGGGUGAAGGUGCCUCGGCUGUGGUUUUGAAACGUCUCUCGGAUGCGCAGCGUGACAAUGAUCAUAUCCAUGCUAUAAUCCGCGGUUCAGCAGUCAACCACGGCGGCCGUGGCGCUAGCAUGACAGCACCAAGUGGACCAGGCCAGAAGCGUGUUGUCCGCGCAGCUCUGGCGGCUGCGCGCCUGAAGCCGUAUGAUAUUGACUAUGUCGAGGCGCAUGGGACUGGCACCAAAUUAGGAGACCCGGUCGAGGCCUCAGCUUUGGCGGAAGUAUUCAGCAGUAGCCGCGAUGAUGCCACUGGGCCGCUGAGGAUUGGUUCCUCAAAGUCCAAUAUCGCACACACGCAGGCGGCCGCCGGCGUCGCAGGCCUUAUCAAAGUGGCUCUGGCGAUGCAACACAACACGCUGCCACAGACACUGCAUAGCAGUCAGCCCAGCCCAUUGAUCGACUGGGUAGGUGGCAAGUUGCAACUGCUCCAACGCCCGAUGGCAUGGCUACCCAGAACAAACAGCCCGAAUGCUCCCCGACGAGCAGGAAUUAAUUCAUUCGGAUUAUCGGGCACUAACGCGCAUGCUAUAGUUGAAGAGCCUCCAAGGGCUCGGUCGAACGCUAAUGGCGACAAUAAUGAUGAUGAUGAUGCGAGGUCGCCUUUGCCGCUGCCAUUUCUCCUCUCCGCCUAUACAAGUGAAGCGCUACGUGGGCAAGCACGCAAACUUUGCAAUCACAUCUCCAGGGCCACUGCGAAAAUCAAGCUGUCUGAUGUAUCGUACUCGUUGGCGACUACUCGCACACAUUUCCCACGACGCAUCGUUCUGGCGGCACAAGACAAGACUGAACUGCUGGGCAGCCUAGCAAGCAUUAUCGACAACGGAGUACCGGCAACUGCUGACAACAGCAAGUCAGCCCGCGUGGCGAUGUUGUUUUCCGGACAGGGCACUGAACGACACAUGAUGGGGAAGGGUCUUGCUGAACGUCACCUUGUGUUCCGCAACACCAUCACUCACAUCGCAAGCCUGUUCGAGGAAGUUCUAGACAAGCCUCUGUUGGAUGUUAUGUGGGCAGAUCCGGAGAGCGAGGCCGCUUUCUUGCUCCAGCGUACGGAUUAUGCCCAACCAGCUAUCUUUACCCUCCAGGUAGCACUAUGGAGACUAUGGCAGAGCUGGGGUGUCCAGCCAGCAGUUGUGUUGGGCCAUAGUGUUGGCGAGAUUGCGGCUGCGCACGUCGCCGGAGUUAUAGAUCUGGCGGACGCUUGCCGCUUGGUCGCGGCACGAGGGAAGUUGAUGCAUGCGCUGCCUGAAAAUGGUGGUAUGGUGGCACUUGAAGCCGCCGUAGACGAGGUUACUUCAGCCAUCGAGCAACUCAGUGCCCGCGACAGGGUGUCGAUUGCCAGUAUCAAUACGCCAACGCAAGUGGUAGCUUCUGGAGAGAUGGAUGUCAUUGACAAGUUGGCAGCUUACUUUAAGGCUCGGGGCAGGUCUUCCAAGGUCCUCAAAACUAGUCGCGCAUUUCAUUCGCAUCAUUUGGAUGAAAGCAUGCUUGCCUCAUUACGCACCGUCGCAGAAACGCUUGUGUUCCAGCAGCAAACGCUGCCUAUUGUCAGCACAGUCACAGGCAAACUGGCAGAGCCUGGGCAACUUAGUAAUGCGGAUUACUGGGUGCGACAAGCUCGCAACCCAGUUCUGUUCGCAGAAGGCAUGCAGACCCUCGCUGACCAGGGUGCCAAUUGCUUUGUUGAGUUGGGCCCGGGAUCGACACUGUGUGGUAUGGGGGCCUCAUGUCUCGAUGGGGACAGCAGUCAGACGAGCAAAAUGGCCAACCGCGAAGGCGGAGUGAACCUGGCCUGGCUGCCUUCGUUGAACCCCAAUAGCGACGACGCUCUGGUAAUUCAAAAUAGUCUCUCGGAACUACAUAUCCGACAAGCAGAGAUCGACUGGGCAGCCUUCUUCAAAGACAUUGGCGGGCGCCGCAUCCAGCUACCUACGUACGCAUUUCAGCGACAUCGGUAUUGGCUCGACGGGUUGCGACCAAUAUACAGCGGUAAGCCAUCUGGCCAGUCUCCUUCGGGUGGACCCCGACCCAACGGUCAGAUCCAAGUUGGAUGGCACACUAUUGACGCGAGUUGUCAUUAUUCCAAUUCAACUUGGGGUCUGCUCUGUCCAGCAAAUGAUGCCCCGUGGAUGGCACCGGUGAAGGAAGCAUUGUUGCACGCCGGAAAGCAACCGAUUACAGUCAAUCGGCUCGCGGAAGCCAAAACGAUGAGCGGCGUGCUUUGUUUUUGGGAAUCAGAUAGUGAAGAUGACUUGACCUCCAAGGCAUCUGAGCAAUUGCAGACAGUGUCCAGGAUGGGGUUCUCGCCCUGGCUAGUCUGGGUGACGCGUGGUGCUGUUGGAGCUGGAAAUAUGGGCGAGGCAUCGCUCUGGGGUAUGAUGCGAAGCGCGCGCGUGAAAUAUCCUCAACUCUGUUUGCGGAUUGUGGAUCUGGAGGGUGACGUGGACAUCGCUACAGCCACUAAACUCUGCUCGAUCUUGAUGAUGAGUACCGAACCUGAAUGUGUUGUGCUUGGCGAACGAGUGCUCGUCCCGCGAAUGCAGAUGCAAAUGCAGGCACAGAACCAGGAGGUCCAAAAGCAUGGUAAGCUGUGCCUGAAUGAGCAAGAGACGACGAAUGAAACGACAGCUGCUGCAAAGUCGAAUGGGACGGACAGCUUCAAGACCAAGAUCAGGAUAGUUGGCCCCGAGGAGAGGGCGACAAUGCUUCAGCGGCUGGUAAGGGAAGUAACUGCCAAGGUACUUGGUGUGGCGGCUGCAGAGGAAGUAGAUAUGCACCGGGAGUUCAUGGAUGUUGGAGUGGACUCAUUAGGAGCCAUCCAGAUGCGUAAAGAGCUCUCAGCACGGACUGGGUUAAAGUUGCCACCUAACUGGACGAGAGUGUAUCCGGAUCCUACCUCAUUGUCCGAUGCUUUGCAUAAUCAGGUAGAGGAGAUAGUAGCUAGUAGCUGA